UAACCUUAACUUCUCCGAGAUAAAGCUCGGAACAGGCUAAGGUUCUUUCGAGCUUCACUGCUUCCCCCUCUAGCCAUGGCCAUCCUCGCUCUCCCCUUGGUCAUCUCCUUCCUCAAGCCCCACGCGGCGAGGCUCUCUCUCUUCGGCCCCCGCGCGCCGGCCUCCUCCUUCCGCCUCCGCCGCCGGCCGCCGCUCGGCCCCAGCCAUUUCUCCCGCACCUCCGCCUCCGCCGUCAGCGAGACCUCCGCCACCCCGCACCGCUGCUCCGACGAGCCGCAGAAGCCGGCGGCGCCGACUUUCCAGCAGGCAAUCCAGCGUCUCCAGGAGUAUUGGGCUUCAGUUGGAUGUGCGAUAAUGCAGUGCAGCAACACAGAGGUAGGAGCAGGAACUAUGAAUCCCCUGACAUAUUUACGUGUUCUUGGUCCAGAACCAUGGAAUGUCGCGUAUGUGGAGCCCAGUGUCCGGCCUGAUGAUAGUCGUUAUGGAGAAAAUCCUAACAGGCUUCAGCGACACACUCAGUUUCAGGUAAUACUAAAGCCUGAUCCCGGAAAUUCACAAGAUCUAUUUAUACGUAGCCUGGCAGCACUAGGUAUUGAUGUUAAUGCACACGAUAUACGGUUCGUGGAAGACAACUGGGAAAGUCCGGUUCUGGGUGCUUGGGGGUUGGGCUGGGAAGUCUGGAUGGAUGGGAUGGAAAUAACACAAUUCACCUAUUUCCAGCAGGCUGGCAGUCUUCAGUUGAUGCCAAUAUCUGUUGAAAUCACGUAUGGUCUUGAGCGUAUCCUUAUGUUGCUUCAGGGAGUUGAUCAUUUCAAAAAAAUUAAAUACGCGGAUGGAAUCACAUAUGGGGAGCUGUUCUUGGAGAAUGAGAAAGAAAUGAGCUCUUAUUAUCUUGAGCAUGCAAGUGUUAAUCAUCUCCAAAAGCACUUUGACUUUUUUGAGGAAGAAGCUCGUUCCUUGCUUGGAUUAGGCCUGGCAAUCCCUGCGUAUGAUCAGCUUUUGAAGACGUCUCAUGCUUUUAACAUUUUAGACUCAAGGGGCUUUGUUGGGGUGACAGAACGUGCUAGAUAUUUUGGUCGCAUGAGGAGUUUAGCUCGACAAUGUGCACAAUUAUGGUUGAAGACCAGGGAGUCGCUAGGGCAUCCACUUGGUGUUGUUGGUGAAACUGUUCAUCUAGCUUGUCCCCAGGAGGUUGUUGAUGCAGCUUCAAACAAGGUUCAAGAUGUACCAAGGUUUUUAGUACUUGAAAUUGGAACUGAAGAGAUGCCACCUCAGGAUGUAGUUAAUGCAAGCCAACAACUUAAAGAUCUAGUGAUAGAGUUGCUGCAAACCAAGAGAUUAAACCAUGGUCCAGUUCAAGCAUUUGGCACUCCUCGCAGACUAGUGAUCUGUGUGGAGAGUCUUGACGCCAAGCAAACAGACAAUGAGGUUGAAGUGCGAGGUCCUCCUGCUUCAAAAGCCUUUGAUGAUCAAGGAAAACCCACUAAGGCUGCCGAAGGUUUUUGCAGUAGAUACUCUGUUGGCCUGGAUUCAUUAUAUACAAAACCUGAUGGGAAAACAGAUUAUGUGUAUGUUCUUGUGAAGGAGCCUGCUCAACUUGCUGUCCAGGUUUUGUCUGAAGAUUUGCCCAGUACAAUUGCUAAAAUAUCAUUUCCAAAGUCAAUGCGUUGGAACUCUCAGGUGAUGUUUAGCAGACCUAUCCGGUGGAUUUUAGCCCUCCAUGGAGAUGCAAUAGUGCCAUUUACAUUUGCUGGACUUUUGAGUGGAAAUUUAUCUUAUGGUCUUCGUAAUACUCCAUCAGCCACCUUCCCAGUGGAAAGUGCAGAAUCCUAUGCAGCUUUAAUGGGAAAAGCUGGAAUUGAAAUUGAUAUUGAGGCACGGAGAAAUCAGAUAUUCAGGCAAUCGGCUGCACUUGCAGAAAGUGCCAAAGGUCAGAUUGUUGUCAAUGACGGAUUACUUAAUGAGGUUGUCAAUCUUGUUGAGGCACCUGUUCCGAUUCUUGGGGAAUUUAAUGAAUCCUUCUUAGAGCUUCCCAAAGACCUUUUAACAAUGGUUAUGCAGAAGCACCAAAAAUAUUUUUCCAUAGCCGAUCACAGUGGGAGGCUGUUGCCAUAUUUUAUUGCUGUGGCAAAUGGGACAAUUGACAGGACAGUAGUCAAGAAAGGAAAUGAAGCCGUUCUCAGAGCUCGCUACGAAGACGCCAAGUUCUUUUAUGAGAUGGAUACACGUAAAAGAUUUUCAGAAUUUCAAAGUCAAUUAAAAGGGAUACUUUUUCAUGAGAGGCUUGGAACAAUGUUGGAUAAGAUCUCGCGUUUGCAGAGCACAGUAACCAAACUAAGUUUGGCUAUGGGUGUUAAUGAAGAUAAGCUACAAAUUGUCCAAGAAGCUGCAUCACUUGCUAUGUCUGAUCUUGCUACCUCAGUUGUCACAGAAUUUACUUCCCUUGCUGGAAUAAUGGGCCGUCAUUAUGCUCUUCGAGAUGGCUAUCCUGAGCAGAUUGCAGAGGCCUUGUUUGAGAUUACACUUCCUAGAUUUUCUGGAGAUAUCCUUCCCCAGACUGAUGUGGGGAUAGUUUUGUCAAUUGCUGACAGACUAGAUAGCCUUGUCGGCCUAUUUUCAGCUGGCUGUCAGCCUAGCUCAACCAAUGAUCCUUUCGGGUUGAGGAGAAUUUCUUAUGGACUUGUCCAAGUGCUGGUGGAGAAGGACAAGAAUCUCGAUCUGAAACAUGCAUUAGGAAUUGCAGCUGAUGUCCAACCCAUUGAAGUUGAGGAGAGGACAUUAAUUGAUGUGCAUCAAUUUGUCACUCGGAGAUUGGAGCAAUUUUUGGUUGAUAAGGGUAUUAGUCCUGAAAUAGUUCGGUCUGUCCUUCUGGAACGGGCAAACGUGCCUUGCCUCGCAGCAAAGUCUGCAUUCAAAAUGGAAGCUCUAUCAAAAGGAGAACUUUUCCCAAAGGUUGUUGAGGCGUAUUCUCGCCCCACAAGAAUAACCCGUGGAAAGGAUGUUGGCGCCAUGGAGGUGGAUGAAGCUGCAUUUGGCACAAGUGAAGAGAGGGCUUUGUGGGAUUCCUUCUUGUCAGUGAAAAACCAAAUAAAUCCUGCCAUCGAGGUUGAUACUUUUGUUGAAGUAUCUGCAAAGCUUGUGCAGCCGUUGGAGGACUUCUUCAAUAACGUUUUUGUUAUGGUGGAGGAUGACAGAAUCCGAAACAACAGGCUUAGGCUGCUUAAAGAAAUCUCUGACCUUCCAAGAGGCAUUGCCGAUCUGUCAGCUUUGCCGGGAUUUUAAGCUGACAUUGAGCCAAUUUUGUUUAGUUCUGAGAGGAUUUUUUUUUUUUUG